ACGUGUCAACCCCCCUUCCCGUACUCCGCCGCAGCCGCCCCUUGUCCCUGCUCCCCAGACCCUCUCUCUCUCUCUCUCGCUCCCUCGCUCCAUUUACUUGACAAAAGCACUGGUCUGCCCGCCUGCUUCCGUUUCUCUGCCACCAACUGCUAUUAUUAGUUGCCUAAACAACCCUGUCUGCACGACUAGAAAAGAAGACGGACUACCAGCCAAGUGUGUUUUGAAUUGGGAAGUAGCAACUGCAAUACUUCUCCUCCGCCCCAACUCCUCCUAUAUCACCUCCAUUUCCUCUCCCCUCCACCCACCGAUUUCAUUUUCUUUAUUAGGGUUUUGUCUUCCUCCUUUCUUGCUUGCUUUCGGUUUCUUGGGGCCGGAAUUUUUACAAGAAAGGAUAAUAUGAUCAAGCAGAUCCUCAACAAGCUGCCUCGCAAACCCUCCUCCAAAUCCUCCGCCACCGCCGCCGACCCCUCCCUCACCUCGUCGUCCGCGAGAGCAUCCUCGAAUCCUGCCAAGAAAUUUCCCGGAUCGCAACCCGCCGACGCGGUCGGCAACGGCCACGCCGCCGACGCCGACUCCUUCGCCCUCUCCCUCCUCGCCUACGAGCCGCUCCCCAGCUUCCGCGACGUCCCGAGCUCCGAGAAGCCCGGCCUCUUCCUCAAGAAGCUGACCAUGUGCUGCGUCGUCCUCGACUUCGGCGACCUCGGCCGGAACCUCAGGGAGAAGGAAGUGAAGCGGCAGACGCUGCUGGAGCUCGUGGACUACGUCGUCUCCGGCGGCGCCAAGUUCAGCGAGGCCGCCAUGCAGGAGGCCACGCGGAUGUUGGCCGCCAACCUGUUUCGCGCCUUACCGUCGUCUAACGUGGAGCGCCACCGCAGCCCCGACGGGUUCGACGGCGAGGAGGAGGAGCCCGCGAUGGAGCCCGCCUGGCCCCACCUUCAGGUCGUCUACGAGUUCCUGCUGCGCUUCGUGACGUCGCCGGACACCCACGCGAAGCUCGCCAAGCGCUACAUCGAUCACUCCUUCGUGCUGCAGCUGCUCGACCUGUUCGACUCGGAGGACCAGAGGGAGAGGGAGUAUCUCAAGACCAUACUCCACAGGGUGUAUGGCAAAUUCAUGGUACACCGACCCUUUAUCAGGAAGGUCAUCAACAACAUCUUCUACCAGUUCAUCUUUGAGUCCGAGAAGCACAAUGGGAUUGCCGAGCUGCUGGAGAUCUUAGGGAGCAUCAUAAACGGGUUUGCUUUGCCGCUGAAGGAAGAGCACAAGCUGUUCCUGGUUCGUGUUCUGAUACCGCUUCAUAAGCCCAAGUGCGUCGUUCUAUACCACCAGCAGCUGUCAUACUGUAUCACACAGUUUGUGGAGAAGGACUAUAAGCUGGCAGAUACGGUGAUCAGAGGAUUGUUGAAGUACUGGCCAAUAACAAAUAGCUCGAAAGAGGUCAUGUUUCUUGGUGAACUCGAGGAGGUGUUGGAGUUGACGCAGGUGGCAGAGUUUCAGAGGUGCAUGGUGCCCUUGUUCCGACAGAUUGGACGCUGUUUAAACAGCUCACAUUUCCAGGUAGCAGAGCGAGCUUUGUUCCUGUGGAACAAUGAUCACAUAAGAAACUUGAUCAUCCAGAACCGGAAGGUGGUACUGCCUAUUAUCUUCCCAUCAUUGGAGAGGAAUAACAGGAGCCACUGGAACCAGGCUGUUCAAAGCCUAACUCUGAAUGUGAGGAAACUGUUGUUGGAUGCAGACCAAGAGCUUUUCAACGAGUGCUUGCUUAAAUUUGAACAAGAUGACACAAAGGAGAAGGCAGCACAGGAGAAGAGAGAACUGACAUGGAAGCGCUUAGAAGAAGUUGCAGCAACGAGAGCGAUCAGUAAUGAAGCUGUGCUGGUUUCUCGAAUCGUCUCUUCCCUCCGCAUUGCUGCACCGAGCCCUCUUGCAACCGCCUCUGCCGUGUCACCAGUAACUGGUAAUUAACUUGAAAAGAGUACGUUGGGGUGACAUUCUGAGGCUUGGUAGAAGAUUAGGUCGUGAUGAUUAGUCCUCUUUAGAGUAAGAAGAUGUGCAUAAUCAGAAGUUAUUAUAGGGACUGAACAUUCAUGCGAAGUAAUUAUAGUCAUAUUCUAUUUGUUUCAGCAACGACUGCUGCUGCUUUGAAUGUUACAUAUAGAUUCAUUAACAUUAGUGGCAGAAUCAUUUUAGGUAA